GACAAACAUCAGUUUCUUUUUCUAAGUUUCAAGUACUAGUGGUCUAAGAAAAGGUAGCACAACCACAAACAUGUCGAAUUCCAGUACUUCUAGGCCUCCUGCGAGAGUAGCCACGCAAACGGCAUUGUCUGUUCAAUUGGCCGUUUGUGCCUUGCUCGGGGUAGCAGUAGUUGUCUCGAUCGUUGUGGGAGCCAACGUAGGUUUCUUGCCAAGAAGUGCUUCGAUAGGAACUACUUUUAAGGUCAACCUUUAGUGUCCAUCUUUCUUGGCAUCUUGGUACCCUUUUCCCUUGUAUUGUUCUCAGCAUGAAAUACAAGGUACAGGGGGUCAAGAUGAGGGGGCCAAGAUGAGGGCAAUCUCGCAGACUCUAAUACUUCAUCUGCGGGAGGACGAGCACCGGAACUAGUCAGCGAGGCAACUACGUCUAGUAGUGGUGGCCCUGGGCAGGUUGUAAAAGUAUCAGUUCUUGUAGGAGAUGUGGAACAUCAUGGGGAAAUCCCAGAGGACCAAAAGCACACACUGUUUGGACGUAGUAUUGGCAUUAGUAGUAGUUUCUACAAUCGGAAAAGGCUUGCUUCAAUAGCGUCAUCUCGGAAGGCAGAUCCUCGGAAAGCACUAGAAAGUAGUGGGAGUAGUAUUACGCAAUUACCGGCUGAAUUUCCAAGUGGAAGACCGAUUUCUGCAGAAGGAGUGAACGAAAGCAGCCCGAGAGCAACUUCUGCUGUGCCAACUACAGUAGGCAAUUUGACUGUAAUCGAGGACAGCGUCUCCCAGGAGGCGCUGAAUUCCCCGAGCACGGUGAGCCUCACUCCUUCCCAAGCAGAAGGUGGUUCCGCGAAUAGACCCGAGAAUUCCCAACAAGGCGGAUCUUCAACAGCUGAUCAAAGCCAACGCCAAGACAAGGCCAUCCACGAUGCUCCGACUACCCAAGUCGUCGUCUUCGGAACGGGGGAAUUUGGGCAACUAGGACUUGGGGAAGGUAUCCCCGAAAAGAAGAAACCUGCACUGGUGAAGGCCUUGAACGGCUUGCAUAUUCAGGACAUUGCAGUUGGUGGGAUGCACACGAUUGCACUUGCAAGAAAAGUAAGAGGACCUUCGGAUCUUCUGGGUGGGGACCAUCUUCAAGGCCGUGCCAGUAGUUGUAUUGGAAACGCGUAUCAGUUGUGGUCGUGGGGUGUGAAUGAUGAGGGUGCAUUGGGCAGAGUCACUCCUGGUCCGGGUAGCGCUGAAAUAAUCCGUGAUGAAGAAGACGACGACAGCAAGACAAAUAUACUUGAAGAAAACGUUCCGGGACCGGUACUGGGGUUCUUGAAACAAGUACAGGUACCGGAUGCUCAAAAUCAAGUUGCAAAACCGGGAGAACCAGAUUUACUCCCGUUCCCGCUUUUAUCCAAAGUAGCUACUGGGGACUCGCACAGUUGCGCUCUGAGCGUUGAUGGUCGCGUUUUCUGUUGGGGUACCUAUAGGGAGACGACGACGGAGUUUAAGGGGUUUCCAGACUCUCUGUCUGCUUCCCCAUCUCAGGUGAGUGCGCCUUCAUCCGUUGGAGAGGAGACACCAUCAUCCGCUUCGACUGAACCGACAACUUCUCACGUAACAUCCGAACGAACAUCUACUUCAGACAACAGCAACAUCAACAACGGGAACGGGCUCACUUCCAGCACUUCCAGAAAUAAAAUUCCCCGUGCACGUUUUCCCGUAGAAAUCAAUGCCGAUAAUUUUUUCAAUGGGGAGAAAAUCGUCGACAUCGCGUGUGGGGAGAAUCAUACAGUUGCUUUGACGGAGAAAGGUCACGUCUAUACGUGGGGAAUCAACACCUGGGGUCAGCUUGGACGAGGUGACGCGGUGGAGCAGACCUCAUGUGAUACACUGUUGUCUAAGGCGAAAGAUGGGAAGAAAGGUCAGUGUGUCUUGGCGAAAGCAAAACGCCAAAAAGUGUUGGAUUUGUUUCCAGCGAAGAUUGGCGACCCAAUGGCUAGAACCGCACUAGAAGAAUCUCCAACAAGGUCCUCAUCACCAGCCUUCAUCUGCCGAAAAAUUGGCGUAUCCUCUGAUGCAACCUUUGUUGUCACUGCCGAUGAUCGCGGGUAUUCUGUAGGUCUAGACGGUGAUGGACAACUAGGCUAUUUCGUAUUUGGCCAGUUCAGUCGAAGAUUGAAAGACAUGGCAGACUUGAGAGGCUUUCCUGCCAAAAAUUUACGCUUCAUUGGCGGUGGGCAGGGCUACACUGUGGCUAUAGUGGAUGAUGCGGACGAGGGAAAAGAUGGCAGAAGUCAAAUGCUGUACACUUGGGGAUCGAAUCCGCUGUUUUCUCUCCAGCAACAAGAUCAAGCUAAAGAAACGAAUGGCGUUGCCUUUGGAUUUGUUGCUUCCGGUUCCACUGAAGACUCAAAACUGCCAGAAGCAAAGAACGUUGCCUUCGGAUUUGGUGCUACUGCGAAAGUGGACUCAACAGAAACGGCUUCAUCUCUUACUUUUGGUGCCUUCCCGGAUUCAGUUUCAGCAGCACCUACAGCCGUGCCGUCAACGGCAGCUUCCUCUCGUCGUAUCACACCAGCAUCUUCAUGGGAGGCGAUGGAUAGCAGUGGACUGGACAGCGUUUCCGCAUUUGAAAAAACUAUCGUCACAAGUAAUCAGCUAGAUCACAAUGGAGAAGGUUCUUUCCCAGUGAACGAAGAAUUUCUUGGGACGCAAGAGGCUCCUGAGCGGGCGAAGGCCGUUGAAGCACACCAAAAUAGUCAGGUCGUUGAUGAAACUACAACAAAACAACUUGCCACUACAACAAAGGAUAGAAUGCUCAACAAAACUUUCUCCCUUGUGCCCGCUGAACCACCCGCGGAGGUGACGGAAGGCAAAGGAGUCUCCUUUCUUGCUGAACAACCACCUCAACAAACCAGCUUCGUUUUCGGCGAAUCACCUCAAAGCAAUAACAAGGUACAACAAGAAGAUCAAUUCGGUAGUACCCCUCCAGCUCCAGGGUUCAAUCCUACUCUCAGGCCCUCUUCUAGUACCGGGGUACCAACAGCAUCUCUCUUCGGAGGGGCUCGGGUCGUCUCAAUAGCCUGUGGCGGAGAUCACGCUUUGGUGACGACGGAGAAAGGAGAGUUGUACUCCUUUGGGCGUGCUACUAUGUACAAGUUAGGAAAUCAAGAAGACCAACAGGACGGCGAUGUGGAAGUCAAAAACGCCCACCGCAUUCCAUUCAAGACGAAGUCAGCGCUCAAAGUGGGAGCAGGGGCACAUCAUUCAGUUGUUGUUGUGGAAGAUAAAGAUAUUUAGAGCAGAACUCUAGCAAGAGUCACUUCUUUUUGGAUUUCAAUGAAACAUUUUUGACUGACACAGUAUAUAAAUAUGGUAAGUAAGCAUACCUUUUAGUGCAAUCGUAAAUAGCUCAGACUAAGCUAGGCUGCCGCCGACAACACCUUCCUCUGUCUGUGUCGAACUUCUGUGUUACUUGUGCCUGCGCGUCUCUUUUGUUGAGGCUAUUUGUACUGGCUUGAGUGAAAAAAUAAAAUAACUACUUCUGUAUUUAUCCCUUCAUGCAGAAUACAAUGGUAAAUAUACCUUUAUCUAAGACAUAAACACGGAAUUACAUCACACGAACAUGGAAAGUCAUAAGCACCCAGAAAAAUUACACCAGAAUUGUCGGACCAGGAAGAAUUUUUUGACUUUUUCACGCAUUUAGGAUAUUCGGCAUCGAGUACAAGUGUUUGGUAGAUCAAGUACAGAUCUACAACUCCCAGAACUAGGUAAUGUCCUGAUAUAUUAUAAUGCAAAGUAUACCUUAGUCCAUUUCUUCUUUCAUGUCUUAGGCGUCUUAUUCUAUUUAUCAGUUUAGUUUCUUCAUGUCCUAUUCCCAUAAACGUACCUCGUCAAUAUCCAAUUCCGUCAGUGUGGCGACUCGCCAGUGACAUCGAUGCGGAUUUCGAAAUCUAUAGUGUUUUUUAACGAAUGAAUGUUAAUGUUUCAAUCUAAAUCUAAAUCCACUACAACAUCUUUAUCAACGGCAGGACGAUACUAUAAUUGAUUGCAAGUAGACGACUCAAUCUGAGUCUGGUGUGGUGAACAAGCCUAGAGUGGCGCACACGUGCUUCGUCUCGUUAUCUUAUGAAGCAGCACGGGUCAUUUUUGGACAAAGGAUGAUUCUCGAUAGGAGGUUUCUGAGAUUUGUAUGAAGUAUCCUUUCAUCUUGAGACGUUUUUCAUGUUCA